AUGAUUCCUGAAAAGAGGCUGCUUACGCCAGAAGAUUUAGAACUAUGGGAUAAAUCUCAGACUAAACAUGAUCUAUUAGAGUUUAUUGAAAAAUUGGCAAAAUCUGUCGAAGGUCAUGAGAAUAAACAGUAUCAAGAACCUAUAACACCUCAAAUAGAGAGUUUCAUGGGGCUGCUAAAGUCUGUUAAUAACAUUAUUGAUAAACAUCCAGUAGUGCAGGACGCUAAGAGUUCAAGGUUUGGUAAAAUUGAAUUUAGGGAUUUCUAUGAUGAGUUAACUUCUCAAUCAAAAACAUUAAUAUCAAAUGCAUAUCCUAGCUUAACUGAAGAUCAAUUAGAUCAAUUAUAUGUUUACCUUGAUGAAUCAUGGGGGAAUAAGCAAAGAAUUGAUUAUGGAUCAGGUCAUGAAUUGAAUUUUUUAUGCUUACUUUAUGGAUUACAUAAAUAUAAGAUAUUUGAUGAAUCAAAAGAUUUUACUAAUAUGGUUUUAAAAAUAUUUAUUGAAUAUUUAAGGGUAAUGAGGAUAUUGGAAACGAAAUAUUGGUUAGAACCUGCAGGUUCUCAUGGUGUUUGGGGGUUAGAUGAUUAUCAUUUCUUGCCAUUUUUAUUUGGUGCUUUCCAAUUAGCAACUCAUAAACAUUUGAAACCUUUAUCCAUACAUAAUGAAGAACUUGUUGAAAUGUUUCAAGAUAAAUAUCUAUAUUUUUCAUGUGUUGCGUUUAUAAAUUCUGUGAAAACUUCGACUUCAUUAAGAUUUCAUUCUCCUAUGUUAGAUGAUAUUAGUGGUGUUAAAAAAUGGUCAAAAGUUGCAGAAGGUAUGAUUAAAAUGUAUAGAGCAGAAGUGCUAAGUAAAUUACCUAUUAUGCAACACUUCUACUUUGGCGAAUUUUUACAAUGUCCAGAAGGAGUUUUGGGUUCCAAGGGACACAAACAUACUGGAGUAGUAGGAGAGGAUGAAUGUUGUGAGUCCGGGCAUGUACAUUCAUCAUGGGGAGAUUGUUGUGGUAUUAAAAUCCCUAGUGCAUUUGCAGCAAGUGAAUCUGAUAAAAAGGUCCAUAAACCAUUGCCAUUUGAUUAG